AUGAAGGAAGCGAUUACAGCAGUCCCCAAGAGGAGCGCUACUGCUGCUGCACGUGUACAAGAGCUGGAGGUUGAAGUUGCGGCCGAGAAGCAAGGUGCUGCAGCACUUAGAGAUCAACUUCAUGGCCAGCAGGAUGAGUUGGAAGCGUUGAAGAAAAAGGUUGAGGAAUCAGAGGAAGCAAGGGAGAAGCAGACAGAAGAGAUUGGAAAUUUGAAGAAACAACUAGAUGAAACAAAUGCUCUUCUUCGUCAGUUGUUCACGUUGAACAAGGACUAG